UGAUUUAGCUGCUUUUAUUAACUCUUCAUAUACUCCAUUCCUCUUAAACCUCCUCGACUUUACCCGCGCCCGGAUUUAGAGAGGAACUUGCCUCGAAAUCGCCGAUGCCAUUACGAUUACCACGGCAAAUAACGCUUCUGUCUUGACGUUAAAUAACACCCAAAUGGUUAAAUCGUUGCCUUGGUACUGCUAUCAUGGCUUCCGAUACCACCUUGGCAACUGUUGAGAUCUUCGUUCUCUUGGGGAUCAGCACAGCGAUAAUUGUGCUUCGGACGUACGUACGGAUGACGGCCGUUGGGUGGGAGGGUCUUUGGGCCGACGACUACAUAAUGAUAUUAGUAGUGUUGAUGUAUUCUGUCCUGGCGGCGUGUACGCAAGUAGCGGUGGUAAAGUGCAAAGGUCUUGCCAACGAUGACAUGACACCGGAACAGCGCGCAUCUCUCGACCCCGAGGGCGAAGAAUAUGCGCUCAGAGUCCUCGGGGCUAAGAUUGAGAUUGUCUCAAGAGUUCUGUAUCUAGUAGUUCUGUGGAUGACGAAGGCAGCAAUGCUGGCGUUCUGCCGACGCCUUACCGAGCGACUCGGAAAGUACAAAAAACGAAUAUGGGUCGGGAUUAUUUUGCUCGCCGCAUCGUGGCUAGCGGACUUUCUUAUAACCAUUUUCAACUGCAGGCCGUUCCCGAUGAACUGGCAGAUAUAUCCGGACCCAGGUCAGAUGUGUUACCCGGCCACUUCUCCUUACGGAGUAUACGGUACUCUCAGCCUCAACAUCCUUACCAGCCUUUACGUAUUCUUUGUACCGCUUCCGAUCUUAUGGAUGGCCAACAUAAAGUUAUGGAAGAAGAUUGGUCUGAUUCUGCUCGUUUCGGCGAACUGUUUCGUCAUCGCGGUGGCUAUACUGCGCGCGUACCUGAUAUUAUCGACAGAUACGGCUGGUGCUAGGCAAGCGAGCAGGUGGGCCUACCGAGUAUGUUUUGUGGCAGUGGUCACGACGAAUCUUCCGCUUCUAUUCCCGCUCUUACGACGGUGGAUGUCCCCUGUCAUGAAAGAGAGCCAUAGAGAACCGCGACGCAUAAAAACGAUCACGGCGUGGGAUCGUUCGGGGUCACCUGGCAAGCUACCAGGGGCUCGUCGAUUGUCGCGGUGGAACACUGGGUUCUGCCCGGGGCUUUCCGAAGAUGGACGUUUGACCUUGGCUAGCUUGGGGCGUAGCGGACAGAGGGCUAUAGUCGACACUGGGAUAGAUUGUGCAAGUUCAGAUGAUAUUGAGAUGGAAGAAGUAGAGGAUCCGGUUAGAGAAAUGGUAUAG